GCCUUCAAACCGGACGGGACUCAGCUGAUAAUCGCUGCUGGAAAUAGGCUGCUGGUGUAUGAUACUUCAGAUGGAACCUUAAUUCAGCCCUUGAAGGGACAUAAGGACACCGUGUACUGCGUGGCCUAUGCCAGAGAUGGCAAACGUUUUGCGUCUGGCUCAGCUGAUAAAAGUGUGAUAAUUUGGACUUCAAAGUUAGAAGGAAUUCUGAAGUACACGUGAGUGAUGCCUUUCGGUUCCACCCCUCUCGAAAGCAGCUUUGAUUGUGCACUUCUGCUGCUAAAGAGCCUGUGACAUUCGAUUUGGAAGGCUGAGGUUAGAGAAAAUGCCAGGGGAAGAGGGGGCGUGUGAGAGUGGCUCACUGACGUGUGGCUGUGACUUGGUUCUAGGCACAAUGAUGCCAUCCAGUGUGUGUCCUACAACCCCCUCACCCACCAGCUGGCCUCCUGCUCCUCCAGUGAUUUCGGCUUGUGGUCUCCUGAACAGAAGUCAGUCUCUAAAAAUAAAACUAGCAGUAAGAUUACGUGCUGCAGCUGGACAAACGACGGCCAGUACCUCGCUCUGGGGAUGUUCAAUGGCAUUGUCAGCAUAAGGAAUAAAAAUGGUGAUGAGAAGGUUAAAAUCGAGCGUCCAGGGGGUGCUUCAUCUCCAAUAUGGUCAAUUUGUUGGAAUCCAUCCAGAGAUGAGCGCAAUGAUAUUUUAGCUGUGGCAGACUGGGGUCAGAAACUUUCCUUUUACCAGCUUAGUGGCAAACAGGUUGGGAAGGACAGAACACUCAAUUUUGAUCCUUGCUGUGUUAGUUAUUUCACCAAAGGAGAGUAUAUUUUACUGGGAGGUUCAGACAAACAAGUUUCCCUCUUCACGAAGGAUGGCGUGCGCCUUGGCACCAUAGGAGAGCAGAGCAGCUGGGUGUGGGCAUGCAGAGUUAAACCAGACUCCAACUACGUGGUGAUAGGAUGCCAGGAUGGAACAAUAUCCUUUUACCAGCUGAUUUUCAGCACUGUUCAUGGCCUUUAUAAAGAUCGCUACGCUUACAGAGACAGCAUGACUGAUGUUAUUGUCCAGCACCUCAUCACGGAGCAGAAAGUUAGAAUAAAAGGCAGAGAGCUUGUAAAGAAAAUUGCAAUCUACAAAAACAGAUUAGCAAUCCAGAUGCCAGAGAAAAUCUUGAUCUACGAGUUGUACUCGGAUGAUUCUUCAGAUAUGUAUUACCGGGUGAAGGAGAAGAUAGUGAAAAAAUUCGAGUGCAACUUGCUGGUUGUCUGCUCCAAUCACAUUAUUUUAUGCCAGGAGAAAAGAUUGCAGUGCCUCUCAUUUAGUGGCAUUAAAGAACGAGAAUGGCUGAUGGAAUCUCUUAUUCGUUACAUUAAAGUAAUUGGAGGACCUCCGGGAAGAGAAGGCCUCUUAGUUGGUCUAAAGAAUGGUCAGAUCCUGAAGAUCUUUGUGGACAACGCCUUGGCCAUGGUGCUGCUGCAGCAGCCCACGGCCGUGCGCUGCCUGGACAUGAGCGCCUCGCGCGCCAAGCUGGCCGUGGUGGACGAGAACGACACCUGCCUGGUGUACGACCUGCAGACCAGAGAGCUGCUCUUCACGGAACCCAAUGCUAAUAGCGUGGCUUGGAAUACACAGUGUGAGGAUAUGCUCUGCUUUUCUGGAGGAGGUUACCUCAAUAUCAAAGCUAGUGACUUCCCUGUCCAUCAGCAAAAACUUCAAGGCUUUGUUGUGGGUUACAACGGCUCCAAGAUCUUCUGUCUUCAUGUUUUUUCUAUGUCAGCUGUUGAAGUUCCACAGUCUGCACCCAUGUAUCAAUAUCUGGAACGAAAAAUGUUUAAAGAAGCCUAUCAAAUUGCAUGUUUAGGAGUGACUGAUACUGACUGGAAAGAACUGGCCAUGGAAGCCUUAGAAGGGCUGGAGUUUGAAACUGCUAAAAAGGCAUUUACCAGGGUACGAGACCUUCGAUAUUUAGAAUUGAUCAGCAGCAUAGAGGAGCGGAAGAAGCGUGGGGAGAACAACAACGACCUGUUCCUAGCAGAUGUUUAUGCCUACCAGGGAAAAUUCCACGAGGCAGCAAAGUUGUACAAAAGGAGUGGCCAUGAGAACCUGGCUGUUGAGAUGUACUCCGACUUACGGAUGUUCGACCACGCGAAGGAUUUUCUGGGAUCUGGAGACCCCAAAGACACAAAGAUGCUAAUAAAAAAACAAGCAGAUUGGGCCAAGAAUACCAAUGAACCCAAAGCAGCAGUGGAGAUGUACCUGUCUGCAGGCGAGCACAUGAAGGCCAUAGACAUCAGUGGGGACCAUGGCUGGGUGGAUGUGUUAAUUGAGAUUGCUCGAAAACUGGAUAAAGCUGAGCGUGAGCCUCUGUCAAGAUGUGCCUUCUAUUUUAAGAAGCUGGAUAACCCUGGCUAUGCAGCAGAGACCUACAUGAAGGUCGGUGACCUGAAGGCGUUGGUCCAGCUCCACGUGGAGACUCAUCACUGGGAGGAAGCGUUUGCUUUGAGUGAAAAGCAUCCUGAAUUCAAAGAUGAUGUCUACGUCCCUUAUGCUCAGUGGCUAGCAGAGAAUGAUAGGUUUGAAGAAGCCCAGAAAGCAUUUCUCAAGGCUGGCAGGCAGAGAGAAGCUGUGAGAGUGCUGGAGCAGCUAACACACAAUGCUGUGGUUGAAAGCCGCUUUAAUGACGCAGCCUAUUAUUACUGGAUGCUUUCCAUGCAGUGUUUAGACAUAGCCCAAGAGAAUGAACAACAGAAGACUGAAAUGUUACAGAAGUUCCAUCACUUCCAGCAUUUGGCAGAAGUUUACCAUGUCUAUCACUCUAUUCAAAGAUACACUGAGGAGCCUUUCAGUUUCCACUUGCCUGAAACCCUCUUCAAUAUUUCCAGGUUUCUGCUUCACAGCUUAACAAAGGAGACUCCUUUGGGGAUCUCUAAAGUCAAUACUUUAUUUGCCCUGGCCAAGCAGAGCAAAGCUCUGGGUGCGUACAAGCUGGCUCGUCACGCCUACGCCAGGCUGCAGGGCCUGCGGGUCCCCGCCAGGUUCCAGCAGUCAGUGCAGCUGGGCAGCCUGACGGUGCGCUCCAAGCCCUUCCACGACAGCGAGGAGCUCGUGCCCUUGUGUUACAGGUGCUCAACCAACAACCCUCUGCUAAAUAACUUGGGGAACGUCUGCAUUAACUGCAGACAACCUUUCGUCUUCUCCGCUUCCUCCUACGAAGUGCUGCAUCUGGUGGAGUUCUAUUUGGAAGAUGGCAUCACAGAUGAGGAGGCUGUUGCUCUCAUUGAUCUUGAAGCUCCAAGGUUGAAUAAAAGAGAGAAGAAAUGGCAGGAGACAAUGAGCGACCAUGCACAGAGUUUGAGGCUUGAUGACAAUAUGGAUAUUACUGAAGAUGAUGAUCCCUUUACAGCAAAACUGAGCUUUGAGCAAGGAGGCUCAGAAUUUGUUCCAGUGGUUGUGAAUCGUGCUGUUCUCCAGUCCAUGAGCCGGAGGGACGUCCUGAUCAAGCGCUGGCCGAAGCCCCUGCGGUGGCAGUACUACCGUUCCCUGCUGCCAGACGCCUCCAUCACCAUGUGUCCAUCGUGUUUUCAGAUGUUUCAUACAGAAGAUUAUGAACUUCUUGUACUCCAGCAUAAUUGUUGUCCAUUCUGUCGACGGAGAAUAGAUGAGUCCAACCAAUGAAGAAAAACAGCCUUAUACCUCAACUGACAGACUUCCCUCUUGGCUUGGCAG